CCGUCCCAAAACCCAAUCCCAAUGUCCCCCCUUGGACUGACAGACUUUGAGGCGCGCUCCCGCGAAGGUUUACUACGGUCGGAUGCCGGUAAUAGCGCACCGGCACGCAAUGCAUCUUGGGAUAUGGUGGGCCGCGAAGCAUACAUCAGAUGUGUCCUCCAAAUCUGGGACCAGAAGGCUGCAUUCCUCGGCUGCAUUGAAGGACUCUUCAACAAAAAUGCGAAAUGGGACAGCACUAGUCGCAGUGCUGUGACACAACCGGUCUACGAAUGCAGCCUCCGAAGGAUGCAGACCCUGAAUUGAGACACAGCUGAUGAUUUGACAGUGGGACAGCCCUAAACCCUCACGGACUUUGCAGAAGCGCGCCUCAAAGUCCGUAAGGGGGAACAUUGGGAUUGGGUCAUUAUGUGCUCCGCUGCCUGCUUUGCAUCAGGAGUGUCCUCCAUCCGCAGGGUGGCGCUAGCACAAUAUAAAGACAGUUGUAUCAGCACAGAGCGGCAAACACCGUUGUUCCGGGAAACAGCGUGUUUGCAGCGUUGAACGCCUAGGAGGACGUUUUGAUGCAGAAAUAGUUCGUCUGUAACGUCUGUUCGUGGCCUCAACAUGGUGAAACUAUCCGCAGAGCUGAUUGAGCAAGCUGCUCAAUAUACUAACCCUGUGAGAGACAGAGAGUUGGAUUUACGAGGUUAUAAAAUUCCAGUACUUGAAAAUCUCGGAGCUACUCUGGACCAGUUUGACACGAUUGACUUCUCUGAUAAUGAAGUCAGGAAACUGGACGGCUUUCCUCUGCUCAAGAGACUGAAAACAUUGCUGAUGAACAACAACAGGAUCUGUCGCAUAGGUGAGAAUCUGGAGUUGUCCCUGCAGGGUCUGACAGAACUGGUUCUCACCAACAACAACAUUCAGGAGCUCGGUGACCUGGACCCUCUGGCCACAGUGAAGACAUUGACCCUUCUCAGCUUGUUAAGGAAUCCAGUGACAAACAAGAAACAUUACCGGCUCUAUGUCAUCAACAAAAUCCCACAGAUCCGUGUGCUCGACUUCCAGAAGGUAAAACUCAAGGAACGCCAGGAGGCAGAGAAAAUGUUCAAGGGCAAACGAGGUGCUCAACUUGCAAAGGAUAUUGCCAGGCGAACCAAAACAUUCACUCCGGGGGUGGCAGCACAGCUUGAGAAGAAGAGGACGGGCCCGUCUCAAGCAGAUGUGGAAGCCAUCAAGUCUGCCAUCGCUAAUGCUUCAUCGUUGGCAGAGGUGGAGAGGUUGAAGGGGAUGCUGCAGGCUGGUCAGAUCCCAGGACGAGAGCUGAGACCAGGUCCAGCUGGUAUGGAAGAAGAAGAGGAAGAAGAGGAGCAGGAGGAAGAGGGUGACACUGCACAUUCUGGAGAGGAGAUGAAUGAGGGUGAUCAAGAGGAGGGUGAAGACAUGGAACAAGAGCCACACGUUAAUGGCUCCUGAAUACCUGGAAAUGUGUUUUUUUUUUUUUUUUUUUUUUUUUUUUUUUUUUCUAUGUUGUAGUUUUUUAAGUUCGACAUACUUCUACCAGGGUUUUAUUUUGUAAAGCGCAUACAUUAAACUGAUUUCUAAUGUUACUCUGUCCAGAUUCUUUUAAACAGUCGGCUGACGUUCUCAGCUGUGUGCGGUCCUUCUAUAUGCAUCUGUUUAUAAACGGCAGCGCACGUCCAGACAGAGAUGGAUUGAAAAUGGUAGCAACCGAAACUCUAAAAGCGUGGAUAUCCUGACUUUUAGUGACUAUUGGGGGGCAUGAUUCACAGCUCACUGGAUCAGACAAAAGCAUCAUUGUUAGUCCAGUCCUGGCUGGUACGGUGCCUAUGAAAGCCGUUCUCUCCCUGGGAAGUUGCCAUGCUUAAUUGUCUUUCAACAUUCUAUCACAUUCAACUUCUCUUUCAUUAUUUUUCACAGAUUAUUAACCGAGAAAGAUCCUUUAGUGUCAAACUGAAAACCCAUUUCUACACUAUGGGUUUCAUUUAUUCAUAAAAAAUAAAAUAUUGUGUUUACAAUUAUUCCCUUUGCAGAUGCAUUUUUUCAGCAUUUACAGCUUUGAGUCUGCCUGGAUAUCCAUCAGCGUGAGUCUGGACAGCAGAAUUAUACCCCACUCUUUGCAGAAUUGCUGCAACUAAGUCUGGUUGCGAGUAUGUCGAGAGUGAACGUCCUUUUCAAAUGUGGCCACUUGUAGUCAAUAUAGAGCUGGGAUUCAUGCAGGACUCCCUGUAUGUGUAGUUAAGCAGAGAAGGAUUCCAUCAAUCAUAGACCACUGAGCGACGUUUGAGUUUAUUUAACUGGAUCCCCAUUAGCUGACUCCUUAGCGGCCGCUAAUCUUCCUGGGGUCCACAAAAAGGACAAAACGUAAUGCAUGCAAAACAUGACGUUAAAAAUAGUACAAUCAGAAUAAUAAAAAUGGUACAGUCAGAUGCAUAGUGCAGUCAGACUAGGAUGUAUAAUGUCAUAAUUGACCAUAUACACAGUGCAUCCAUCAUUUAUAAAAAGGAUCAGGAGACUACAAAAGCAAUGGAAAAUGUUAAGUGGUUAGUAGCCUGAGGUGAGCCUUUAAUUGUUUGUUAAAUGACAGAUUAUUACCUGUAUGAGUUAUGAGGUACGCUCCAAGCAGUAAUUGCACGAAACAUAACUAUGUUUGAGGAGGUUUGUUCUUGGGGUUGGAGGUAUCAAGUGACCUGAGCUAGCAUUCCUUGUGUGAUGGUUAUGUCUGUUACAUGUGUAUUGUAACUGAUUGAAUAAAUAUUCAGGUAUCUGAUUAAAUACUACGUUUCUGAAAAACAUGA